AAAAAUGUCCUGUUUGGUAGCAAAGUUCAAGCGUGACACCUCGACUGUCCACCAGUCAAGUAGUCAAUGAACUCCAAAUCACACCUACCUGCACCUCGCCCCACACUUCACGGAACCCGAGUGUUCGACGAUGUCCUCACCGUCACCGCCGAACUCCGCCUUCGGCGAGUGCCCGGUAGCAGCCACGCCGCACAUCGUCCUCUUCCCCAGCGCCGGCAUGGGCCACCUGGUCCCGUUUACCCGCCUGGCCGUUGCGCUGUCCGCCGGCCACUGCUGCGACGUCUCCCUCGUGACGGCCCUGCCCACCGUGUCGUCCGCCGAGUCCCGCCACAUCGCCGCGCUCUCCGCCGCCUUCCCCACCGUCCGGCGGACGGACAUGGACCUCCGCCUCGCUCCGUUCGACGCGUCGGCCGAGUUCCCCGCCGCCGACCCGUUCUACGUCCGCUACGAGGCCCUGCGCCGCUCCGCGCCCCUGCUGCUCGGCCCGCUGCUCGCCGGCGCGUCGGCGCUCGUCGCGGACAUCGCGCUGGCCUCCGUGGCCAUACCCGUAGCCAGGGAGCUCCACGUCCCGUGCUACGUCUUCUUCACCGCGUCGGCCACGAUGCUCUCCCUCAAAGCCUACUUCCCCACCUACCUCGACGCCAGCGGCGCCGGACAUGGACGUGGCGUCGGCGACGUCGACGUCCCAGGCGUGUACCGCGUCCCGAGUUCGUCGGUCCCGCAGGCGCUGCAUGAUCCGGACAACAUCUUCACCCGGCAGUUCGUCGCGAAUGGCCGCGCGCUCGUGGCGGCCGACGGCCUACUGGUCAACGCCUUCGAGGCCAUGGAGCCGGAGGCCGUCGCGGCUCUGCGUGGCGGCGCCGUGGUCGCCGGCCUCCCGCCGGUGUUCGCCGUGGGGCCGCUUACGCCUGUGAAACUUGGGGAGGCAGGGCAAGAACAGGGGAAUUACAGGACGUGGCUCGACGCGCAGCCGCGGCGGUCGGUGGUGUACGUCAGCUUCGGCAGCCGCAAGGCCCUGGCCCGGCAGCAGAUCAGAGAGCUCGCCGCGGGGCUGGAAGCGUGUGGCCACCGGUUCUUGUGGGUGGUGAAGGGCGCCGUCGUGGACAGGGACGACGCCGGCGAGCUCAGCGACCUGCUCGGCGACGGCGAGGGCUUCUUUCUGCGGCGCGUGAAGGGCCGGGGCCUGGUGACCAAGUCGUGGGUCGAGCAGGACGAGGUGCUGCGACACCCGGCCGUGGGGCUGUUCGUGAGCCACUGCGGGUGGAACUCGGUGACGGAGGCGGCGAGCAGCGGCGUGCCGGUGCUGGCGUGGCCGAGGUUCGCCGACCAGCGGGUGAACGCCCGCGUGGCGGUGCGCGCUGGGCUCGGCGUGUGGGUGGAGCGGUGGAGCUGGGAGGGGGAGGAGGCGGUGGUGACGGCGGAGGAGAUCGCGGAGCAGGUGGUGGCAGCGAUGGGAGACGAGGCGGUGGCAGAGAAGGCGGCGAGCGUCCGUGAGUCGGCGGCACGAGCAGUGGCGGACGGCGGCACAAGCCACCGGAGCCUGGCCGAGUUCGUGCGUCGUUGCCGGGCGGAACCCCGCCAUAAAUGCGCCGCGGGUGAAGCUAGCUAACUCGAUCUCUUCCCCGAUCUCACUGAUUGCGGUACAAUAGUUGCCCCAAGAAACCAGAGUACUAUAGUAAUGAAAAAGAGAAAAAUCCCUAUUUGACGUUGAGAAAA